UCAUAUUGAUUGGAUACCCGGGCCCUUUCUCAUUAUCCUCUAUCUUCCAAGCCCGCUGCCGCGACAGUUAAAUGAGUCCUUUGCCUUUAAGGGGGAGGUGAAUGGCAGGGAGCGUGAAUGUUGGACACAAAACACCAGAAAGUAAUCGGGAGAAAGCGGGUUGAGGUUGUGUGAGCGUUGGGGAGAACUACCGCGACGCUGAUAGCAACGAUAGGCGCUCAUGUAACUCUGUCCUCGUCUUCUCUGUAGACCGAAGAGAACUCGACACAACGCACCCUCUUGUGCUUUGCAUGCGGUGAGCGAUCAAGCGCGAGGGCUCGGAAAAACAGCGGUGGAGACGGAAGUUUGGAAACCCCGGGCGCCUCAGGAGUGAAUGGUGGAGCCCAGUCCCCCAGCGCUGCAUCUCCAUGCCAGCGGUGAUGUUAGCAUGGUGGGCGUCAGUGUGAAGUUGGAGGAGUCUGGAGGAGAAGGGGGAGGAGCCCACACCAGGGCAGAGCAGCUCUCCUCUCCUGCCUGUGAUUGGUCAGGACAUCAGCCAAUGGAACGACCGGAGUCUAGACAGCUGACUCCUCCCCUCUCCCGCUCACCCUCAGAGGGCUCUCCUGGUAAGGAACAGCUUCUCAGACAGAGUCCUGUUGGGAUGAAGGGGGGCAGCAGGGGGUACAACCACCGACCAGAGGGACACAUGCACCCCACUGUCAGCGAAGUCAUGCCCACCAUAGAGAAGCUUCUGAGUGUGGACUGGAGGGAGAAAUUUCUGGACAAAAGCCCCCUGGGAGGCAACCACCUGAAAGGCACUCCAGAGUCUCUGGCAGAGAAGGAGCUGCAGUUGUUAUUGAUGAUCAACCAGCUGGGUGGUCUGAGGGAGCAGCUGCUGGGAGCCCACUCUGAGCAGAGGAACAUGGCUGCCUUGCUGCUGGAGAAACAACAGCAGCAGAUGGAGCUGGCCAGACAGCAGCAGGAGCAGAUUGCCAAACAGCAGCAGCAGUUGAUCCAGCAGCAGCACAAAAUCAACCUGCUUCAGCAACAGAUCCAGCAGGUUAACAUGCCCUAUGUGAUGAUCCCAGCCUUCCACCCCAACACCCAGCAACUCCCUGUCACUGCCGACAACCAGAUGACCAUGCCUCUGCAGCCAAUCCCCUGCAAGCCAGUGGACUAUCCCAUGCAGCUGCUGCAGAACUCUCACUCCACCCCUGUGAAAAGGCCCAGUGGUACCUUCCGUCAGGAAGCCAGCCAGCCUCUGAAUCUGACCUCCAAGCCCAAGGGGAUGGACAUGGGGAAGAGCCCCAGCCCGCAGAUCUUUGAGCUGGGCUCGCUGACUCUUCAGGGUGGGUACAGACCAAGGGACAACCAUAGAGACAGCCCUUCACGGCCUGCACUUAACCUAGGUUUCCUGGGAGAGGGGGAUGUGGUGACCCAGGCCAUCCACGAUGCCCAGCAGCUGCUGUGGAGUCAUGGGCCGGGCGGAAGAGAGAGGGAGCGAGAGAGAGACUGCACUGCCAGGAUGGAGCAUAAGGAGUCUGGUCGCAGCGACAGGCUGCCACACCAAGACCGGGGAGAGAACAGACAAACCCGCCAAACCAACGAGGACCACCACAGCAGUGACUCUGAGGGCCCCCUGUCUGCUCCUGGUGUGGGGUUGUUUGCAGAGGUUCGCAGUCCCCCCUCCUCCGUCCACAUCAAGAGGCCCAUGAACGCCUUCAUGGUCUGGGCCAAAGACGAGAGGCGACGUAUACUACAGGCCUUCCCUGACAUGCACAACUCCUCCAUCAGCAAGAUACUGGGAACUAGAUGGAAGUCUAUGUCUAACCAGGAGAAGCAGCCCUACUAUGAGGAGCAGGCCAGGCUGAGCCGACAGCACCUGGAGCGUUACCCCGACUACAAGUACAAGCCCCGCCCCAAACGCACCUGCAUCGUGGAGGGGCGGAGACUCCGGGUGGGCGAGUACAAAGCCAUGAUGAAGAGCAGGAGACAGGAGCAGAGAGGGGCAUACACACACAGUCACUCAGAGCCGCAGAAGCUGCACUACGCCCCAGGCGAGGGCCAAUACCCAGGCGGCGGUGGAACGGUCUCCAUGCCGACUGUGCCAUUCCACCCCGCGCUAUUGGAGCACUACCUGCCACGAGGGUUGGAGGCUCCGCCUCCUCGCAGACUUGAUGGGCAGAUCACACCCACACCCCUCCACAGAGAGAGGGAGAGACCACCGUACAGCGAGGGGGAGGAGAGUGACAGAGGAGAGAGGAGUGAGGGAGAGCUAGUUCUCCUCACUGACUGAGUGGGAGAGAGGAAGGGAGAGAGUUUGUAAUAGGGAUAAAGGAGUAAGGGAGAGCUAGUUCUCACUGACUGACUGACUGGGAGGGAGAGAGAGAGGGAGAGUUUUCAAUAGGGAUAAAGGAGUAAGGGAGAGCUAGUUCUCCUCACUGACUGACUGAGUGAGAGGGAGAGCGUUUUUAAUAGGGAUAAAGGAGUAAGGGAGAGCUAGUUCUCCUCACUGACUGACUGAGAGGGAGGGACAGAGAGAAAGUAGUGUGUGUGUGUGUGUAGACAACUGAAUGAAAAGGUGUGUGUGUGUGAUGAAGGGGAUCUUGGUCCACAUCAAGUGUGUCAGAGUUCAAUGGUUAUAUCUUAGCCAUGUGAUAUGACCAUAUCAGCAGAGUCCAUGACAUGUUAGGGUUAGUAGGAGACAGUUGUUUGUUACGACGUUAAAGGUGUCUGACAGCUGAAUCUAAAAGAUCAUUGGUCAUGAAUCAUAGAUUGGUCUGUCCAUGUUGCUCGUAAUAAAGGUACAUUCACAAUGUGGAAUGAGUUGAGAUACACUGGAUUAGACUUGGGGUUCAUUACUGUCACCAAAAGGCAUUGACAUAGAUGUUUCCCCUAAACACACAUCUAUUAUUUCUAGACCCUAUCCUUAAAAAUAUUAGGGCCAGGGUAUGAAACAUCUGAUCUCUCCCUAAUGACAUGUAUCAGUAAUUAGGUAGAGAUCUGAUUUUGAUUCUGAGGGAGAGUGCUGCCCUCUGCUGUUUGGGAUGGGCACAGCACCAUUAAAUAUCCCGAUCGCUAGAAAGUAAGAUUUUUUUUAAACAUUUUUUAUUACCAAUAUUUACAGAUGACCUAGUCUGUGGUGAUAGAGAUUGAAUAACCCCCAUUAAUAGCAUAGGUAAUGAGAUGCACUCUGUCAGAAUGCACUUUCACUGAACACUCAUCUCCUUUCCAAACAGACUCAGGCUGCACCAAAGUAGUCUAAAGUAUAAACUUGUCUCCUUAUAUCCUCUCCUUCAUAUGCACUGACAACAAAACAGGACAAGGCAAUAUGGGGGAUUCCUUGUGCGAGAGUUCUUUCACAUCAGUGCAGGUGGAGUAAAAGGAAGCCACUUCAGACUAUCAGGAUGCACCCAGUGUUUGUUUUUGCACUUGCGAUAGUAGUUGAUCAGCAGUGACAUCUAGUGUAAUGAGGAGAAAUGUCUAAGGAAUCUCCCUCCAAACCCUUAUUCUAGAUUGAUCUCAUCCUUCUCUGUUCUCUAGUUAUGUACAAGCUGUAUGUGAUGUGUGGAUAAUGUCUUUCAAUCAAUUUAUUUUGAACACGGGUUUACAAUGUACUUGUCACAGAAUGUUAUACAAAUGUUCUGUAAAAUGUGUGUUUCUUUGAGUGUGCGUGUGGGUAUUGAACUCAAAGGUUGGCCUGAACCCUUUGUCUGUGUAUUCUGACACCAUGGCCUCUUGUCUUGACCACAGAUGUUGCUCUGUCCAUGUACUGCAGUUUGCCUUGACACAACAGUGCUCCAUCUCAAUAGUCUUAAUGUCGCUUCGUCUCCAUCUGCGCUGACCUGAAAGAACUGGACAGGUGAAAGGAAGGUUUUCAACCCAUCAGUGCAGAUGGAGAAAAACAGAAUAGGAAUCCAUUUGACUGUUGUGAUGAAGGCUGUAUCCCAAUGUCCUGGACAGAAAAGAGGUCAGAUUUGUGGUGUAAUUGUAUUGUUAACUGAGGCAGGCCUGUGGUUAGUUGCUGUUACACUGUUGUAAAGCAUUUGGUGAGCAGGGUGAAGUGGCCACUGAUCUAUGGUCAGUUUUACAUCUUUGCCUAUGUUAAGGACAACUUCAACCCAGAGCCAAGGGGAUGGCACUGUAUAGAGACUGUAUCAGAGAAACAUGUUUAUCUAAUUAUGACAGAAACCCAGAAGAGAACUGUCACCUGUUGUCACCCCUGCUGUUGUAAAUAUAGAUAGAUUUUAUUUUGUUUAUAAGAGCCUGUGUAAUUUAAAGGUUUACCUUUUCUGUAUGUUUUCUAAGUUGUGGUUUUGUUUUUUGGAAAAUAAUAAAUUUGGUUGUUAUCUUU